CUUGUUUUCCUUUACGGUCCCGGGCACAUAGUAUGAUCAUUAGGUGUUCAAUUUCCCAGCAAUUUUCUAUGGAAAAUCAAGGGAAGUGGGCCAUGGUUGCUGUGAGCAACUUUGAAGAGCGGGACACCUUUAGAGAAGUUUGAUCAAGGUGCCAUCAUCGUGAGACCCCUCCAAGUCAGGACUCCGGCAGAGUUCCUCUAUCUCGUCUUAAUCUUUGGAGGCCAUCUUACCAUUUCUCUGCCUCCUGGGAAGUAGCAGAACACCAGCGUCAAAUCAUGGUUGGAUUUAAGCCUACAGAUGUGCCCCCAACAGCCACCGUCAAGUUCCUUGGGGCUGGCACUGCUGCCUGCAUCGCUGACCUCAUCACCUUCCCCCUGGACACAGCCAAAGUCCGGCUGCAGAUUCAAGGAGAGAGCCAGGGGGCCUUCCGAGCUUCCUCUGCCACUGCCCAGUAUCGGGGUGUCUUGGGCACCAUUCUGACCAUGGUGAAGACUGAGGGCCCUGGCAGCCUGUACAAUGGGCUGGUGGCUGGUUUGCAGCGCCAGAUGAGUUUUGCCUCUGUCCGCAUUGGCCUCUAUGACUCUGUCAAGCAGUUCUACACCAAGGGAUCUGAGCAUGCAGGCAUUGGGAGUCGCCUCCUGGCUGGCUGUACCACAGGGGCACUGGCAGUGGCCGUAGCCCAACCCACAGAUGUGGUGAAGGUACGUUUCCAGGCCCAGGCUCGUGCAGGUGGCAGCCAGAGAUAUCAGGGUACACUGGAUGCCUAUAAGACUAUCGCCAGAGAAGAGGGGCUUCGGGGCCUAUGGAAAGGAACUUCACCCAAUGUUGCCCGCAAUGCUAUUGUCAACUGUGCUGAGCUGGUGACGUACGAUCUCAUCAAAGAUGCCCUCCUGAAGGCCCACCUCAUGACUGAUGACCUUCCAUGCCACUUCACAUCAGCCUUUGGGGCUGGCUUCUGCACCACCAUCAUUGCCUCCCCUGUGGACGUGGUCAAGAUGAGAUACAUGAACUCUGCCUCCGGCCAGUAUGCCAGUGCUGGCCACUGCGCCCUCACCAUGCUCCGGAAGGAGGGACCCCAAGCCUUCUACAAAGGGUUCAUGCCUUCCUUCCUCCGCUUGGGCUCCUGGAAUAUAGUGAUGUUUGUCACCUACGAGCAACUGAAACGGGUCCUGAUGGCCGGUCGCACUUCCCGGGAAGCUCCUUUCUGAGCCCUCUCCAGCUAG